AUGGACAGAAACACCUAUGCAGAGCAAGUGAGUUUAAGCUACAACCUCCUUGCUACUAUCCACUUAACCCAAAGCCAGUGGAAUAACCACUACUGCGACUACUACUCAAGUGGGUGUUUAGAAGCUCAACUUGGAGUAAGUGGAAUAAUCCAUUACUGCUGCUACUACCCAGGCGUCACAAUCACUGAUCUGGAGCAAGCGGGACAAACUACUAUCCUUGCUACUAUCCAGCUGACAAAUGAGCAGAAAUAUGUAUAUGACAAAGUAAUAGAUGUUGUAACCAAAAAGAAAGGCGGAGUUUUCUUCCUAUAUGGUUAUGGUGGUACAGAAAAAAUAUUCGUUUGGAAGACAUUGGCAUCUGGGUUGAGAUCAGAAAAGAAGAUUGUUUUGAUAGUUGUAUCAAGGGGAAUUGUUUCUCUUCUACUACCCGGUGGCAGGACAACCCACUCACGUCUUGAUAAACCAUUUGGAGGGAAGACAAUUGUCUUUGGGGGUGACUUUAGGCAGAUACUACCGGUUAUACCAAAAGGUAGUAGACAAGACAUUGUAUAUGCCACAAUAAAUUCGUCUUACAUUUGGGAUAGUUGCAAGUUAUUGAUGCUAACUAAAAACAUGCAUCUACAAGCGGGAGGCAGCAAUGCAAGGUCCGCAAAAAUAAAGGAAUUUGCAGAUUUGAUAUUAAGCAUUGGAGAUGGAAGAUGUGGAACAUCUCUAGAUGGAGUUGAUAAAGUUAAAAUUUCAGAUGACAUCCUCAUAAAUGAGUCAGAUGAUCCUAUAUUUGCUAUUUGUAAGGCAACUUAUCUGGAGAUGUGGGAAAGAACAAACAGUGAUUUUCAAGCUGAGGAGCAUGCUAUUCUGGCACAUACCUUGCAAUUGGUGGACGAAAUUAAUAGCUACAUGAUGAGUUUGAAUCCUACCAAAGCACAAACUUAUUACAGCAGUGACAAAGCGUGUCCAAUAGAGAACAACAAUGACAUUCUGGCAUCAGUACACACUCAUGAAUUCUUAAACACAAUUAGGUGUUCGGGCAUGCCAAACCAUGAGUUAACAGUCAAGGUAGGGACACCUAUUAUAUUACUAAGGAACAUUGACCAUUCUGUUGGACUAUGCAAUGGUACUUGGUUGGUUGUUACUAAGCUUAGUAAACACAUAAUAGAAACAAAAGGUAUCUCAGGAAAAAACGCAGGUCAAAAAGUAUUCAUCCCUAGAAAAUGA